AUGUUGCUACGACCAGCGAGGCCGACAACACCGGCUGAGUGGAAUACGAGUCCACACCAUGUGGGCAACCCGAGAUGGAACCGCCACGUCAGUGCAUCAUCGACUCCGUCACGUGCCUCGCUAGAUAGAGUUGCUGCCAGCUUGGUUGUCUCCGUGGCAGCAACAUGCUCACGGAAGGGGCUGCAGUUCUGCCGCUCCAGAUCAUCCACUUCCGGGUUGGGUGGCGCCUGCCAUACUUUCACUGAGAAGGUCGCAGACAUCGGAGAAUUUCACUUCGAGUCGGGGCCAUCGCUGUACAGCGGCCUGAGCUUGGAAGCGAGCCCAUCCCAAUUGAAGCACGUCUUCCAGAUUAUCGGCAAGGAGCCCGAGUGGAUUACCUAUGACCGGUGGAAUGCCUUCUUGCCCGAGGGCGAGGUGAACGUUGCAGUAGGCUAUAAGGAGGUGGUCAAGAAGCUGUUGCCAAGAUUUGGAGGUCCCGAUGCGGUGAGCCAGUGGCAAGAGUUGAUGGCCGAGCUGAAGCCCAUGUCCGAGGCCCUCUACAACAGUCCACCCUUCGGCGCUCUCCGAGACGAUCCCUUCGCGCCCAUUACUUUGGGCAGAUAUACGAGACGCCUUCUCCCGCUCCUCUUCGGGAUCCCUGGAGGGGCGGCACGACUGAGCCAGCCUUUCGAGGCCUUCCUGAACGAAGCUGGUGUCACGGAUGAUUUUGUCAGGAACUACCUCAGUCUCUUCAGCUUCCUGCUGCAGGGCCUCCCAAGUUACGGGUCCCCGACGUCCAUGAUGGCUUACAUGAUGGCCGAUCUCUACCGCAAGGGUGGUACAUGCCUGGAUUAUCCGAAGGGUGGCUCCGAAUCCAUCGUGCAGGCGCUAGUGGAUGGCAUCAAAGAGACCAGUCCUUCUGGAAAGGUGCUGACCAAGGCGCACGUAGAGGAGAUCCUUGUGGAGAACGGCCGGGCCUCGGGCGUGCGGCUGCGCAAUGGCAGCAAGAUUCGAGCGCGAGAGGCCGUGGUUUGUGGAACUGACAUCGGUGUUGCAAAGGGGUUGGUCAAGGCCGAGGUUCCCGAGCUCGCGUCUUUCUUCGAGGAGCAAUGGUCAAGUUUCGAACCACUCAAGUCCUUCAUCCAUGUCCACAUGGCUUUCCGGGGACAGGGUCUGCCGCGACGGCACUGUCCGGAGUUCCCGGCGCAGUGGGGUGUGGUGAACCACUGGGCAGACUUGGAAGCCCCCAGGAACUGCGUCUUGGUCAGCGUGCCAUCGCUGCUGGACACCUUUGCCCCGGAGGGCUACCACAGCUUGCACGCCUACACCCCUGCUACCGAGCCCUGGGAAGACUGGCAGGGUCUUUCCCCCGAACAGUAUCAGCAGAAGAAGAAGGAAGCUGGAGAUUUCCUUAUCUCUGCAAUCGAACGUCAAGAGCUUAGCCGCCCUGGCAGCCGGCCGUCGCUUGGCCACCGACUUGCACCGAGGCGCUUCCUGCGAAAGCCCAAAGGUGCCUACGGCUGGCGGGUGGUUCCCUCAGUCUCACAGAAAGCAUUCUCGGUAGCCCGGUGCUACCGGGAAUGGAGACCUCUAAGCUCAGAGCGCCGUGAAAUUUCCGAUUCUCCGAGCAUAGCUGAGCGAGCUGCAAGCCGCAGAGCCGCUGAGUUUGCUUGCUCAGAAGGUGCUUGCAGGCUCCAACCUUCCAGGGCACACGACACCCCUUCCAGGACUGGCACCUUUGGCCAUCAGAGCAGUGCCCCGGCAGCAUCUUUUUUUCGGAUCUCGGAGUCUUUUCAGGACUGCACCUCUGCGGAGACUCCACCUAUCCUGGAAUCGGAGUUCCCUCCGCAGCCAUGA